AUGCUGUCGAUCCAGUUAUUGUUAAUGGCGCUGACGAGCGUCCUCAGUCUUGCCUCCGCAGCAGGUCCAGAGGGUUGCAGCACUGCCGCAGCAAGAUUUGAUAUCGCCAACACAACAAUUGCAUACGUUUCGUAUCACAAAGCAGGAGAGGUUAUUGACUUGCCUGGAACUUCAGACACGUGCUACGGGUUCACGACUAACAUUACCGCCAACCUCUGCCGAGUUGUCCUUGACACGGCUACUAGUGACAGUAGCAGUGUUCAUUUCGAGGCCUGGCUCCCUGAUGAUUGGAACGGACGGUUUGUUGGUACUGGUGGCGGAGGGCUUGGAGGCUGCAUCGACUAUGGCAGUGUCGGCAACGCCGCACGCCUUGGCUUUGCAGCAUUUGGCACGAACAGUGGACACAACGGCUCGUCAGGCAUCGACUACUUUUUAAACCAGCCUGAAGUCAUCAAGGAUUUCGGAUACCGUGCCAACCAUGUUCAGGCCCAGGUUGGAAAGGAACUGUCAAAGCAGUACUACGGGAGGCCCACCGAAUACAACUACUAUAUCGGAUGUAGUACAGCAGGCCGACAGGGCUUGAGCAGUGCAACGCUUUACCCGGACGACUAUGAUGGGAUGUUGCUUGGUGCGCCGGGGGUGGAAUGGAUAAGAAUCGUCACUCAGUGGUACUUGAUUGCAGAACGUUACGGAUGGCCUGACGUCAAUACGUCGGCUUACGUCACGUAUCAACAGUUCGAGGCCAUUGCUGCAAAGACAAUUGAGAUCCUCGAUGGAGAAGACGGAGUGGUUGAUGGAAUGAUCGACAACCCGACACACCUGAAGCUCGAUCCACAAAUCUUCUCUUGUGGAGCUGGUUUCUUGAAUGACUCCGUAUGUUUACAGAAUGGAGAGCAAGUCAACACGGUUAGACUCGCAUACCAGCCAAUGGUUGAUCUCAGCGGACACUUUGUCUACCCCAGCUUCACACUUGGAGCGGAUCCAAGGACGUUCGCAAGUAACACAAUCAAUGGAACGGGCGGGUUCGGGAGUACUUUUCCUCAGGUCCGCGACUACUUCCGCGGGAUCGUAUACAAUGAUUCGAACUGGUCGGACCUGAAUCUCAGCAUAGCUGACGUCGAAUAUGCCUCGUCUCUGGACGUAGGUUUGACUAAUACGCCCAUCAGUAAAGCACACUUGGGCGAGUUCAAAGAGGCUGGCGGAAAGAUCAUUUCGUACCAUGGACGAUGGGACCCGACGGUUCCGUCGGAAUUGACCGAGUGGUACUACAGCGGCGCUCAAGCAAAUAUGAACGCAUCGCUAGACGACAUGCACGAUUUUUACCGCAUCUUCUUCAUCCCCGGCAUGAGCCACUGCUCUACCGGCCCCGGGGCUUGGGACAUCGGACAAGGAUCCCCGCUCGACCCCGACAUGCUCGAUGCGGAGCACAACGCCUAUCUGGCGCUGGUGAACUGGGUUGAGCAGGGGCAGGCACCGGACUUGUUGGUGGGCACGAAAUACGAAAACGACGAUGUAGCGUCGCGGAAUAUUCUGGCACAGCGCAGUAAGUGA